AAAAAUAAAUAGUCUAAUAUUAUACAAAAGAUCAUAUAAUGUAGCUGCAAUAGAGGUGUUAAUGUAGAGAGAAGAGGAGCGUUUGGGGGCGGGGCGGCGGGGCGGAGCAGUCUGGCAGCCUCCAUAACAGCCUCCCAGCCAUCCCUUCAUACUCAACAUGAUCCGGUUCAUCCUCAUCCAGAACCGGGCAGGCAAGACACGACUAGCAAAGUGGUACAUGAAUUUUGAUGAUGAUGAGAAGCAGAAACUAAUUGAGGAGGUUCAUGCAGUGGUGACAGUGCGUGAUGCCAAACACACCAAUUUUGUGGAGUUCCGCAAUUUCAAGAUUGUUUACCGCCGCUAUGCUGGGCUGUACUUCUGCAUAUGUGUGGACAUAGCAGACAACAACCUAGCAUAUCUGGAGGCCAUUCACAACUUUGUGGAGGUGCUUAACGAGUACUUCCACAAUGUGUGUGAGCUGGACUUGGUGUUCAAUUUCUAUAAGGCGUACAGUGUGGUGGAUGAAAUGUUCCUGGCAGGGGAGAUCAGGGAGACCAGCCAAACCAAGGUACUCAAGCAGCUUCUCAUGCUCAACUCCUUAGAGUAACAUGGUGUACUCCACUGUUCCUCUAAUGGCUGGCUCUUCAAACCCCCAAGAGAGAGAGAGAGAGAGAUGGAAAAGGUGGGACAAGGCAACAUGGGAUAUCAGCACAGCCCCUCCCUUGGGUUAUGUAUAUAUGUACCCUAAGACAUCCACAGUCUGGCCAGCACUGUUAUAGGCUGUGAGGAGUGCUGCCCAGUGCUUGGUUUGUCUGUGGAACCAAGUAUGUAUAUUUAGCAUGUAUGUAAAGUAUUAGUGAGGGAUGCUUGUGGCAGGUGGAAGUGCACACUUCUCCCAACAAAACUCAAUCAGGGUUAUACAGUUGCACGUCACUGGUCACACACACACACAUACACACACAUACACACACGCACGCAUGUGCGCACACACACACACACACACACACACACACACACACACACACACACACACACACACACACACACACACACACACACACACACACACACACACACACACACACACACACACACACACACACACACA